UUAACCCCUUCAACUGGUUUAUUGUUUUGGUUUAGCGGGUUGUCUUUUCGCGUGAAUUGGAGCUAGUUUAUCGAGGGGGAUAAAUAUUUAAAACUCGUAUUAUUCUUGAAGAUUUACUUAAGCAGUGACGGUGUCGAACAAAUGCUGGCGUCGCUGCUGAUAAAGAUGCUUUCUCCCAGGUAAGCUAACGUUAGCGGUGCGGCUAACGUAGCGUACGUAGCUUUGGUAACAACAUGACGAUGCUGAGGAGCGCUGUGUAGGAGCGACCGGCCAGACAUCGGAUCGCGCAGAUUUCCUGCUUGUCAAUCAUUGCUUUCCAGGGUUGUCCUGUCUUUGUGUCUGGAUCGCCACAAAACGGGAUUUCAAACCAAACCUAUCAAUACUGGUUACAUUUAACCGGCGGCUUGUCAUCGAGGAGUGUUGGACAUUUUGCAUCACUGCCACUUUCUUUCAAUGGGGGAGGAAAAGCCGGACACGCUGGACUUUGUGAAGGAUUUCCAGGAGUAUCUGAGCCAGCAGACUCAACAUGUCAACAUGAUAUCAGGUUCUGUAAGCGGCGUCAAGGAGGCGGACGAGCUGCCUGCAGACUGCAGUCAGAAUGGACUGGAUCACCCCGCAGUGGACAUGUCAUUAGAAGAUACCUCAGGGAUCCUGGUGGAUGGCUUUGAGAGGACCUAUGACGGCAAGCUCAAGUGCCGCUACUGCAACUAUGCCACCAGAGGCACAGCACGACUUAUUGAGCACAUCCGAAUUCACACUGGAGAGAAACCUCACCGCUGCCACCUCUGUCCAUUUGCUUCGGCCUACGAGCGCCACCUGGAAGCCCACAUGCGAUCACACACAGGCGAGAAGCCUUACAAGUGUGAGCUGUGCUCCUUCCGUUGCAGCGAUCGUAGCAACCUGUCACACCAUCGUCGAAGACGUCAUAAACUCCUGCCAAUGAAAGGUGCUCGUUCACUGUCUCAUAAGAAGAUGCUGAGUGUUUUACAGAAAAAAGCCAGCUCGCUGGGCUAUGGCCGCCGGCUCCUCAUCAACUUCAGCCCCCCUUCUAUGGUGGUGCACAAGGCUGACAAUGUGAACGACUACUCCCAUGAGCUGCCCCACUUACGUCAGGAGAGCUAUGAUAAUCAGAGUAGAGUAGCUGAGGAUGGGCUCUCCACAAAUCAAAAUCACCAUCACCAUGAAAUGGUCAUGGAUAACCCCCUGAAUCAACUGUCUACCUUAGCAGGUCAAUUGGCCAGCCUUCCUUCAGAUUCCCAGGCCCAGACUCAGGCUCCCAUGUCUCCAGGAGCAGAGUCUAUCGUCGAUGAGAAGCCCUUUCUCAUCCAGCAGCCACACCCUGCCACAGCUCCCGUUGCUGUCACAGCCAGCAUGGCUCAUGCUUCUUCCUCUUCCCCAAUCACCCCAGAGCCCCGGGCUGCUCCCCACAGUAACUGCAGCCCUGGAGGAGGCCCCUGCAGCGAGCACAGUGGGCGCACCAGUACCCCGAGUAUCUCCAACAGCCAACCCAGUACACCGGCCCCAGGCCUGUCCGCCCCACUUCAGGACCCCCACAUGCUGCAUCACUGCCAGCACUGUGACAUCUAUUUCCCCGACAACAUCCUCUACACCAUUCACAUGGGCUGCCAUGGCUACGAGAACCCAUUCCAGUGCAACAUCUGUGGCCACAAGUGCAAGAGCAAGUAUGACUUUGCUUGCCACUUUGCACGAGGGCAGCACAAGUAACGGAUGAAUGAGUCAAACUUUGAAAGGACUUUGAACGGACAGCAUUGUUUUAUUAAUUCCAUAGUAGUUUUAUUUAUUGGUCUUUCACUAUAUUGGCCUUUAUGUAGCCUAGUCUUUGGAAGUUACAUAGAAAAUGUUAACAUUCUGAUGCUUUCAUUUUGUGUAAUUAAGGGUGCCCAUUCAAGUGUAUUAUAAAGGGAUGAUCAGUGUUUUUCGACAGGUUGAGAGUUUAUCUGUGGUGGUGGAAGCAGUUGCAUUCACAUACUGUCAUAAAUCAGAAGAACAACUUCUUUACAUAGCCAAACUACUACAUAUUGUUUGAGGUGGUAGGUCUCCAUAUUUGGCUUUGGUUUGGAAACAAAAGACGUUGCACAAAAGGGACAUUUUGUUAAUAUGUUGGACCUUCUCUUCAGUACACCAAAUGAAUUGAUUCGCAAACUUAUUAAAUAUGUCUUUCAUAUGGAAUACCUUGCAGCACUAAGGUAACAAAGUAAGGUAGCAAACAGAAAUUACAUUCACCCUAAAUACCCAAAGUAAAUUCAGACACAAGACCAACUGGGGUGACUGACAACUAGAGGCAGCUGGAAGCCUUUCAUUCAGCAAUUUUAAAACCAG